UUUGUUUUUUGGAACUUUGGAAACUUUUUUGCAACUUUUAGGAACUUUUUUUGUUUGUUUGUUUAUUUUUCUGUGUGGAUUAUUCCCAGGAUCCCCCUGAAGAUGCACUAUUAUCUCCUGAGUGUGGUCCUCACCCUGGAUCUGGCGGCGGUGGCUCUCAGCCUGUCUACCUGCAGCACCCUAGACAUGGAUCAGUUCAUGCGCAAGAGGAUCGAGGCGAUCCGGGGUCAGAUCCUCAGCAAGCUGAAGCUCAACAGCCCCCCGGAGGAUUACCCGGAGCCCGAGGAGGUCUCCCAGGAUGUCAUCUCCAUCUAUAACAGUACAAGGGACCUGCUGCAGGAGAAGGCCAACCACAGAGCCCUGCUGUGCGAGAGGGAGAGGACUGACGACGAGUACUAUGCCAAGGAAGUUUACAAAAUUGAUUUCCUCCCCCCUCCUUUCCCCUCUGAAAAUGCCAUCCACCCAAACUAUUACAAUCCUUACUUCAGAAUCGUUCGGUUCGACGUCUCUGCAAUGGAGAAAAAUAUUUCCAAUUUAGUGAAGGCAGAAUUUAGAGUGUUUCGUUUACAAAAUCCAAGCCGGGUAUCAGAGCAACGAAUAGAGCUAUAUCAGAUCCUUAAAUCCAAAGACUUAACAUCACCAAUGCAGCGCUACAUAGACAGUAAAGUUGUGAAGACGAGAGCAGAAGGCGAGUGGUUGUCGUUUGACGUCACAGAGGCCAUCAAGGAAUGGCUUCGCCACAGAGAUAGGAAUCUUGGAUUUAAAAUAAGUUUACAUUGUCCAUGUUGCACCUUUGUACCUUCAAAUAACUACAUCAUCCCAAACAAAAGUGAAGAGCUGGAAACCAGAUUUGCAGGUAUGGAUGACCCUUUCUUAUACCCCAUCGUUGACCACAAAAAUUUGAAGCCUGGUCAGAAAAAACCUAACAGCCAGACCCCUCAUCUAUUACUAAUGCUGCUGCCAUCGUACAGGCAAGAGCCGCAGCAGGCGAACCGGCGGAAGAAACGGGCUUUAGAUGCUGCUUAUUGUUUUAGGAAUGUUCAAGACAAUUGCUGUCUGCGUCCAUUGUUUAUUGACUUUAAGAGGGAUCUUGGCUGGAGAUGGAUUCACGAACCCAAAGGGUACAAUGCUAACUUCUGUGCUGGAGCCUGUCCCUAUCUCUGGAGCUCCGACACCCAGCACACAAGGGUUCUCGGCCUGUACAACACCAUUAACCCAGAAGCCUCUGCUUCUCCAUGCUGCGUAUCUCAAGACUUAGAAUCUUUAACCAUAUUGUACUUUGUUGGGAAAACACCGAAAAUCGAACAGCUCUCAAAUAUGAUUGUAAAAUCGUGUAAAUGUAGCUAGACCUGACAAUACAGCGUGUGUUUUAGUGGGGGAAAAAUCCAAAACAUUUAAAAAAAAAUGUACAAAUAGGGCUUGUUCAAUCAGUGUUAUAAUGUAAAAAAGGGGGAAAAAACGGUACUAGUGUGAAUUUUUUGAAUUUUUUUAUAACUGGCAGAAAAUUCAAAACAUUGAAGGUUUCAUUAAGGGUUUUGUAGUGACUCAAUUAUAGAUCCUCGGAGAGGAGCAUUACCCCCUCUCCCUUGCUGGUUAAUGUUCCUGUGUUAUAGUGGGAGAUUUGGGCCAACAAAAAAAAAUUUGAUCUCAGUGACUGGCAGAAUGAGCCCUUGUCUCUUCACAAAAUUAACUUGUUUCUCGUUAAAAUCAUUCUCCUUCUCUGGUACUUUGUUGUAUGCACAGUUAUAGCGUGAAAUAUGUUGGUCUUCUUCCACGUCUGUUUCAUAUCUGGCUUUACUUUCGAUAUUCUAUUGUGUGCAAAUGACAUCCGCACAAAACAAAGAGGGGAAAAAGCCUCACAGUGAAGACACAAUUACAGAAAGGAAUGUCUCAAUUUUUCUGAGCAAUGGCGAAUAACAGAGAGAGACAUUUAUUUAAAAAAAAAAUAAACACUGGAAGAAUUUAUUAGUGUCAUUAUGUGAAAGAAAAUGAAAACAGGAAUAUCCCUUUAAGUGCAGUUAUUGCAUCUGCUCUUACUUGACCUGCCUAUUGUGUUCUAGUAGUCAGUCCAACAACCGCUUAGAACACCAUUAUUUUGCUGUUGAUCUUAUUUAUUAUUUUGCCAUGAAUUAUGCGCUGAAACAAAGACCAAACAAAUAGCUCAAAUCAAAUAAUUGAUGAUAUUAAAUGUUUUUUAGCCUACAGAUGUACUUUUGAGAUUAAUGCACCAUGGUAAGUAUAGCUCUAACGCUGUUUAGGAUGGACAGUGGUGGUGUUCUCUCUCCCACUGGUUUCUUUAAACAUUUGAGGCCACUGGUGGGGAGGUCCUCCUCUGAGAUUCUGAUUCUGGCCCUGGGUUAUAGACUCACUUUGGCCACCUGCAGAACAAUUGUUUUGCCUGAAAGGUUCUAUAUUUAUAACCACCGGUAAAGCAUUAUAGGUGCAUUGAAAACCCAUAUGGAUGAGGCUGGACUUCUUGUUUGGUCUGCAGUUAUGAUAGGAACAAACACAGGAGAUGACUGAAACCACUGGCGUUUAACCAUUACAAAGUUACUCGUUUUGGGUGCUCUUCAAAUUUAACAGUACGUGUUGCCUAUAUGCAGUUGAUGAAGCUGUUUGAUGGACUACAAGCAUGCAGCUCACAGUUGAAGACUUGAGCUCUCAUCUAUGCUGAAAUAAAAAAUGGCUAUCAGUUCACUUUGGGAGAAGCUAUUUAUAAACAGAUACUGAGAACUAGUAAGAAAGAUGGCUCAUGAUUGGGUAUGUUAUAUGUUCAUACACAUUGGUUCAGUCCUUACUAUGCUUUUCAGAAGACAUGUAUAGUUUCAGCUACCCUAUCAACUUGAGGCAUCUCAAGAUGGUUAGCAACAAAGCAAGGUUCGUACUUUUCUUUGGCAAAUACAUUUUCAUUGGAAAUAUUUGUUUACUCUAAGUUAAACACCUCUGCAUGUGUUAAGAAAUGAAUACACAUUUUUGUUUUUGAGAUCACAUUGAUACUGCACAACUAAGGUACAUGGACAUUUAAGGGGAGCUUUUUUAUUUCAUUUUUGUUAAUCUUUCUUUCUGGCACCUGACCAAUUUGAACUGGGCAACAUUUACAUACUUCCUCCAAAAGUCUUGUUGUUUUUGUCAAGGGCCACCUUACCUUUUCUUGAAAAAAUAAAUAAAAAUCUGCAUCCUUUUGACCACUGCCCAUUAUUCCCUACAAAAACUAGGCCUUACACCUUAAAUGUAUUUUUUUAAUAAUGUUUAUUAAGCAGGAGAAAUGAAAUCAUUAAAGGGUAUGUAAAAUCGAAGUAUGUACUUCUCAUUUGAACCAUUUGUAUCUGUUAAAUAUACAUUUGAAAGUGUUUUGUUAAAUCUUUUUGAAAAGUGCAAAAAAUACCUAUGCCAGAAAUCUUUUAACUUCCUGUGCUCUCAGCCUGUGCUGCACUCAUAUCAGUUAUUCCUAGCUAUCUCCUAGGACUUCAGAAACAGUCUUCUCUAUGUUAUGAAGAAGAGUGGAAGGUAUUUGAAGUCCAAAUCAGGGGAACAUCCUGGGGGGACAAUUCUGCAUCUCCAUAGAUGCAGUAGGAUGAAUUAGCAUUGUCACCCUUGCAUAGGAAGUGUGUUGCUGGCAGGAUCACCAGGUGAGAAUGCAAAAGAAAGAGUGUUUACAUAAGCUUUAACUUCCUGAAUAGUAUUACUUACCUAUAUUGAUCUGUUGGAAUGGGUUCUUGAACUUUUUGUUGCUCCCAUUGAUACAUACUUAAAUGUAGGAGUUGCCUGUGUUAGUGCGAAAACCUAAAAAAAAAUCUUCUUGCAUUUGGAAAUCAAUGACGCCUGAGAUAUGUCAGAGCAUGUUGUAGAUAUAGCUGCAUUCUUUAAAUGCAAUGCAGCUUUAGUUGUUAGAGGACCAUAGAUGUUUAUGGUUCCUCCAACAACAAAGCUUGGCCAACAGUACAAGAGCUUAUGAAAGCAUAAAAAUACAAUAUAGUUAAUACAUACUAUUUACAAGUAAAUGCGAUUUUGCGCUUAUAUAAAAUCAGAGGAGUUGGCCUUUCAGGUAUUUUUAAUGCGGGUGGGACAUGGGUUAUAGGAGGCCAUGGAAAAUUAAAUUUAGGCCAUGCCUUGAGAUUAGGCAGUGCAGUUCGAGCAUAUCAAGGCAGUCGCCAACCUUGACUUUAUACAGGCCUGUUGGGAGGUCUUUGUCUAUUUAAGUGAUAUGUUUGGUGUAUAUAUUGCCUUUCUAGUAUAAAAAGCACAUCUGUAAUUUUUCUGUACAUAAUAAAAAAUAAACGAAAUCAGUAAUCACCAUAUGUUACAGUCUACAUAAAAAAAACAUAAUAUGUUAAUGCAAAAAUCUCUGAUUGUAUGAGGCAUUCGUUUGUUAUUGUAAAUUUAAUUUAGUAAACUAGUGAAAUAUUUAAUAUGUACCGGUCUAAUCAACAGACCUUUACUAUGAUGCUGUAUAGCUAUGCUAUGUUUGUUCCAGGUAUAUGUAACUGUACCGAUAGUAUUACAAUAGAGGAGUUGUAGCCUCAACUUUUGUUUGGAAACAGUUCUGUAGACCUUUGUUAGAAACAUAGAAAUAACUUGGUACAUCAUAGGGUAGAUUUUCUAAUAUUGGUGCACUCAGAGUCUGGUACAGCUGUUCAUAGUAACCAACCCGCUUCUAACUUCAGUAUGUUAAAUUAAGCUUGCACAAUAAAACCUAGAAGAUGAUUGUUUACUAUGCAUAGCUGCACCAGAUUUGGUGUGCACCAAUUUUAGUAAAUUUCCCUCCAUGUGUAAUAUGUACCAAAUUACAAAGUAUUCUUUGGAAGCACUCAGAUAUUUUUUUUUUGUAGUAGGCCAGUAUAAGUUGAAUUCUGUUCAAUGACUUGCACUGCAAAUAUUUUUUAGUAUUUGCAUCUUUCUCAUUGAUGUGCCAUACGAUAUCUAAUGGUUGUAGAUUUUACAGUCCACUCAGGGGAGAACUAAGCUGGGUGUCAGAGGGACAUUUGCCCCAUGGGCCAAUAUCAAUAAGAUAUGUUGAGCUGGUAGCCCUGACCUGCAGUCAGUGAUACAUGCUGGAAUUUUUAUAGCUACCUGCCUCCCAUUUAGACCUGUGAUCACCAAGUCUGACAGCAUCUACUUGUUUUGCGGCUCUGAGAUGUGACAGAAUGCUGAGAGUUGUAAGGGAAAGCGAUGCUGAAAGAUAUAAAAAGUUUCUCAUAUUAAGCCAUUUCUUUUAGGAAUACCCACCUUUCAUCAUGCCUACCAAUCCAAUAAGUCACUUUCGUUCUUUGCAUUGUAUACAUUCUUUAGCCCACAGAAAUUUGUCCUUACCAUGAACAUUGGUUGUGUUUGCCCUCCCUGGCCAAAGAUUCCAAGUCCUCCUCUAAAUCCACUUCAGAUAAAAAAAAAAGCCAAUUUAAUAAAUGCCUUAAUUUUAAAUGGAUUCCACUGACCUUCAGGGGAUCAUGGACAUCUGUGCUGUUGCUGUGUGUCCCCGCUACAGAGAUUUACUUCUCUAUUAUGCUGGUGACCAUUGUCUCUAGAACUGAAAAUGAGGGACAAUCUAAAAUAUAAAGUUUUUAUGGGAAUAGAGGAGAAGUCUUACAAUUGGGUUGCUUGUUCUAGUGACAAGAUCUUGUUCACUGUCGUGUCUAUAGACAAAAAGUAGGGCAAUCUACCCAAUGGUACAUAGAUGGCAAAAACAUUUACAUAAUUUAAAUUGUGUUUACUCUUUCCUAAAUGAAUAAAAUCUGAACCCUAAAAUACCCUAAUGAAUUAAUUGAAAUGUGUAUAGGUUUGUUUCAUGGUUUUAAUGUCCAUGGACUCAAUGCAAAAUAUUUGCAGUCCAAACAAGAAGGAUAUCCUAACUUCUCAGUGCUAAAUUUUAAGUAGCAUAAAAAACAGAUAGUAUACUCAAGAUUUUUGUCAAUAGCUGAUAGUAAAAAAAAGUAACCUGGUUAGGUUACCCAUGUGCCUGUAUAUUUGCAUAUUGAACAAAAGCCACUCUUUUGGGGGUUAUGCAUAGUAUGUAAUUCAACUACUAGAACUGAAUAGAAGUUAUCCCGGUCAUUUAGUGUUUGUAACAUGAAACAAUUGCAUUUAGAGAUUCAUGAUGGAACUGUUUCCUUCAAAAAUGUGAUAAGACGGCAACAACGGAUAAAUGAAACACACCACCACUGGUGCCCUGAGCAAACACCAACAGACACUCAACCACUGGUGCCCCAAAUGACCUUUUAACAGGUACUUUUCAUCUUCUCAUUGGGCACCAACAUAGCAGCAUAUACAGUAGUUAUGCUGUCUGCUCCCCUAUUCGAAAGUAAUUGUCCCUGAGCCUUUUACUGCUUUAGGCAGAAAUCCUGCUUUACAGCUUUGAUACUGGACGUGGAUGCUUCCAGUUAACAUUUUAGAUUCAGUGACAGAUGUGGAACUGAAAGUUGGUAUUUUGUGUUCACUAGAGCAUGGUCAGCCAAUUGGUGGAAAAUAAACUAGAUACAGUAUAUUGGCCCUCUAAUAUGAAAACUUUUGCUACAGAUAGAGAGAUACUUCCCUACUGGGACCAAACUUAUCAGUAUAAUAGUGAGUGGAGGGGCUUUGAAACCAUAAAAGUCAAACUGUGUAACCAAGACAUUGUCAAAACUUCACUCUGUCCAAACACAGUCCCCAUACUAUAAGUUCCUCUGGAAAAAAAUGUUGGUAUGCACGCAUUCUGUGUGGUUUGCUACAAGACAGACAGAAAAUGUUUACAAUGCAAUUUUUCUCGUACAGUGUCUAUAAAUCCCAAAUUAGAUCAAUUUGAAGGAACACAAAGCUAAAAGACAUAUCUUGGUUUGGAAAAUAUAUCCCAGAAUGCUUGCAAUUUUUAAACACACAAAAUCAUUUUUUUUUUUCAGAUUUUGUUUUAACAAAUUAACCAUCAGAUAUUACAAGACAAUCUUUUUUUUUUUUUUUUACAUAUAGUUUAAGGAGCCUACAGUAUUUUUCCAAAUGAACAAAAACCUGAAUGCUUCACAACUAUGUAAAUAAUUAUAAAUAUGAACAAGAACAACUUUUAAGUCAUUUUAUUUGUAUUUUUGUUUGCUAGUAGGGUGCAGUGUAUGUGUAAUAUUCCAUCAAUUUCAGUGAAAUGGCAAUAUUUUACAAAUAUUAUAUAGCACCACAAAAAAAGUGAUAAAUAAAAGUAACCUAUGAAGGUGUAUUUUAAAGCUGUGUAUUUUUGUUUUACAUAAACAGAAUUUUACAAAAAAGUGGAUUCACUCUUGCAAAUUUUGUUGACUUUCCAGGCAAUAGACCAAGCUUUCAGUAAGUCAAUUUAAAAGAAAGAGAUGAUAUGGGCAGUUAAUUACUGGUGGUAUCCUAGAUAGCAAAAGACAACUUUACAUUGCAUGUCAAAAUCAUUACCUUGUGGCAGGUGCAGUUAAAUGUGAGUUGCAUAGAUUUUAUCAAAACUGCAUUGUUUCCAAACCAUUGUUUUUCUUACCUCUUCCGAAUUUCCAUGUUUUUAUGUUCAAUUUUUUUAGUUUCAUUUUUAUGUAUUGUUAUGGGAAAAUCUGAUGACAUACAUUUACAGAUCCAUAUUUGGCUUUUUCAACAAUACACCUGUAUAGACCGUGUAGGAGUAAAUAAAUGUAAAAUGAAUUCUGUUGUAUUUUUUUUUUUUACUGAUUAAUCCAUAUUUUAACACAAUGUAUGUCUGUUGUUCGUGGUGCUGUAGUGGUAAUAAAUUAUUUGAGUUGUACAGUUA